CGCUCACGAAGUCGAGCCCAGGUUCCUGGCCACAGUGGAUCCCUGGACAGUUCUGGCGCUUGCAGCAACAGCCAGCCCGGCGGAAUGCGAGGUGCUAGCCGAGUUUAUCAUCGAGCAUCUAGAAGCACACCCCGUCAAGCUCAUAAGUCCCCGAAUAUUACCCAGAGGUCCCAGGACUUUCUCUUUGCAGUUCCACUUUCCCCACGUUGUUCUCCAGAGUUAACGAUUGGCUUAUCCAGAUGCUCGGCAGUGGCUGGACGGGCCGUUGCGACAGCAUUGGGAUGCAACGUUCCUCCAGGACGGCACUGAUCCCCUGCCUGGCGAUAAGAUGGCCAUUCUCUACUCUGUGAAUUUCUCCUGCCUUGUCAUUGGCCACCACAGCCAUGAAUGGAGAGGAUAUCUAUGCACCGACACGUACUUCGAGGAGCCCGGAUUGGCCAACUCGGACACGCCACCAAAGUAUGCAGAGAAGAGGUGUGGCACCGCGAAGCCCGAUCCCUUCACGAUGGGAGCCACGCUGUCAGAUCACAUGGGACGGCCAGACGCAAGGCUCUGCUUCCUGGAGACCAUGCCGGUAAGGCUGCGGAGGGUCCAGCUGGAGUGGGGUCGAGUUGUCAAGCACCUGGAGCUGGCGGCAACCAGGUUUAGCCCUGCACAUGAGCGUGUCACAGACCUGCACACCUUCGAGAAUGUUCGUGCUUAUGGCGAGGCUUUGGAGCGAGACUAUGCGUGGUCUACAAAGGCCACAGACUUGGCAGCAACAUUGAUAGAGACACUGCACGCAUAUCGUGAUGCCUCACUUUCCUUCGCAGAGUCUAUUGGCCGCAUAUUCGACACCCAGCCAGGACAAAGCGUCGGGCCCGACCGGUCGACGUUGCUCCGCCACGAAGAGCUGGCAGACAGAGACAGAACUAGCCCAAAUCACCUCACAGUUGACGAGAAUGGAGCGGUUACACAGGCAUCUGCAGGAGCUCCAGAAGCAUGUGAAGACAACGAUGGACCUCCAUCUGGCCAAAGAAAGCAACCGGCUCGCCGAGAUCCAGCGCAACGCCACGAGGACCACGACCAUCAUGGUCGGGCGGGUGACAAUGAUGACAUUUUUCAUGCUCCCCAUCUCGCUGGUGGCGGGGCUGCUAAGCACAUCCGACGGCUACCUUCCCCUUGACCACAGCCCGCAGACAUUUGUGAUUGCUGUCGUGACGGCACAGUCCGUUUUCGGUGUCGUGUGGCUUGCUGUCAGGUACUGGACAAAGUUGGGGACCUUUAAAGCAUUGUCAUUCCCAGAAAAGCUCGGCUCUGCGGUAGCUCAACUUCGU